AUGAUUUACCAAUUUCGGAGCUCUGAUAAGUAUGUGAUUUUUAGUUUGAACGUCGCCAACAACAUGCUUCAUCAUAGAUCUUCGCUACCGCCUGAGGUUAUCGCACUAUUGUCAGGUCUCUCGCAAAUCAAGCUUGAUGGCAAUCCCUUGAUGGUAAAAUUCUCUACUCCAAAAGUCUUACAGGAAUUUCCACCGUCUCUUUUUCUCCUCUCCACAGACAACUUUCGCCUCAUACGUCAGCUCUUCCAAACGACUACCUCACUGCCUUUAUGGACAGAAGAACCAUGCACACCGUAUUAUUGGGCGAUGCAUUUAAGAAAUCGAGGACGAAAAAUAGCUCCAAAUAUCUACAGUAACCUUUUGCCC